UGCAUCCAAACGUCUGCUAUAGACAAUUUGGCGGAAGCGUCGCGGAGUGCAUGCUGACAUCAGGAGGCCUUUUUGACGCCAAAUAGAGUCUGCUACAUAGCUCAACGCGCACCAACUCCUUUGCUAUCGCGAUCAUGAAGUCGAUACGGCCUCUCACUUCUGCCCUGCUCAAUGCCAGCUCACGAACACCUGCUUACAGCUGCCGAGCUGCCUGCUUAGCCAACGCGACACCACGAACUCCCACGCACGCGAAACAGCAAAAACGAGCUUUCUUCGGCGAUUCAGGCGGAAACACCAACCCAUUCGGCUCGAAUCAAACCCUCACAGCCCAACGCACGCUGCCCUACCCAUCCGCCGUAAUCUACGAAAUCAUCUCCGACGUCGCAUCCUACAGCCAAUUCCUCCCCUUCUGCCAAGGCAGCAUCGUAACAAAAUACUCCGCCCCAACAGCUCAAGAUGGCAAAAAAUACCCCGAAGAAGCCAAACUAGUCAUCGGCUUCAACGACCAAAUCAAAGAAGAAUUCACCUCAAGAGUCUACUGCGUCCCCGGCAAAAUCGUCGAAGCAGUCUCAGGAAACAUGAAAAGCACACUCUCCGGAGAUGAAAUCGCACACCAUAGUCCUCGACCUGAGAAUGCCGAUCAGGAUCCGAGCAGGACGGAUACGGUCAUGGCGCAUUUGUUGACGAGGUGGUCGUUGAAGCCUUAUCCGUAUAAACCUCCGCCGACGAGUGCGGUGGAUAAGGAGAAUGCGCAUAGGAAUACGGAAGAGACGAAUCCGGUGCCGAGUCAGCAUAAGACGGAGGUGAAUUUGGCGAUUGAGUUUCAGUUUUCGAAUCCGUUGUAUGCGGCUGUUGCUGGAGGGGCGGCGCCAAAGGUUGCGGAUAAGAUGAUUGAGGCGUUUGAGCAGAGGGUGAAGGAUGUUAUGGUUGGGAAGGGGCAUGCGAGGGAUGAGAGGCCGAAGAGGUUGUGAGUGGGAGCAGUGAGUGGGGGAGGUAUAGAAGUGUGAGUGUGAGCAUUGAAGCCGGCAAGCAUACAGGUAUAGAGAAAGAGGCAGAAGUGUACAGUAUACAAGAUGAAGAAGUCACACGUGCAACAGACUGUCGGAUCUUAUAUUGCGGUACGUACUGUUUCCAAGCUAAUUUGAGGGGUGAUCUCGAG